AGAAAUUAAACAUAAAUUUCAAAUAUUUAAAGAGUCUAAACAUAAAAAACACAUUCGCUUCUUUGUUCCUCGAAUUCCUCUCGUUCCCGCGAACUCAUCGAUCUCCACCGCCGCCGCCACCAUCUCCGGCUCGCCGGCGCCAUCGCCAUGUCUGACCUCCCAUGGUUCUUCGCCGUGGUGGCUUGCUUGAAGCUCCUCCUCAUUCCCUGCUACCACAGCACUGACUUCGAGGUCCACCGCCAUUGGCUUGCCCUCACCUCGUCGCUCCCACUCCAUCAAUGGUACUCCGAUCUCUCCAGCCCUUGGACCCUCGACUACCCCCCUCUCUUCGCCUUCUUCGAGUACCUCCUCUCCCUUCCCGCCUCCUUCUUCGAUCCAUCCAUCACCAAUCUCCACUCCCACAAUCUCUCCUCCCCCUCCGCCGUCCUUUUCCUCCGCCUCUCCGUCUCCUUCUCAGAUCUUAUCCUUCUACUCGCCGCCAAUCUUCUCUCCGCUCCGUUUCCUCCCCUCCGCCGCCGCAUCACCCUUCUCCUUCUCAUCUGGUCCCCCGCGCUCCUCAUCGUCGACCACGUCCAUUUCCAGUACAACGGGUACCUUCUCGGUAUCUUCCUGCUUUCCCUUGCCUUGCUCGCUCAGGGGAGGGAUUUGCUUGGCGGGAUUGUCUUUGCGGCUGUGCUUUGCUCCAAGCAUUUGUUCCUCGUUGCUGCGCCAGUGUACUUCGUGUAUUUACUCAGGCAUUACUGCCGAGGAGGGCUCUGGACAGGGACUAGGAGGUUGCUGACCAUGGGCGUUGCGGUUGCUGCUGUAUUUGCGGCCGCCUUCGGGCCCUUUGUGUACUAUGGUCAGAUUCAACAGGUUUUCCGUCGUUUAUUUCCCUUUGGAAGGGGUUUGACUCAUGCAUAUUGGGCUCCAAACUUUUGGGUUUUUUACAUAAUCCUGGACAAGGGGCUUGCUUUUAUUCUGGCCAAGUUUGGUUUCUCUAUUCCAACUCCUAAGGCGUCAUUUACUGGUGGCCUUGUUGGUGAGUCAUCACCCUUUGCGGUGCUUCCACAGGUCACGCCAGUUGUAACUUUCUUGCUGGUUUUGCUUGCUAUGUCACCAUGCCUUGUUAAAGCAUUCUUCAAUCCCCAGCCAAAGCACAUUGUUAGAUGGGUUUCAUAUGCAUGCGCUUGUGGUUUUAUGUUCGGGUGGCAUGUCCAUGAGAAAGCAUCACUUCAUUUUGUCAUACCCCUUGGUAUAAUCGCAACAAACAGCUUGGAUGAUGCAAGGCAUUACUUUUUGCUGUCAAUAGUAUCAUGCUAUUCAAUGUUCCCCCUUCUGUUUGAGCCGCAGGAGUAUCCGAUAAAAGUUCUGCUAUUAGUCAUACAUGCAAUGUUCAUGUGGAUGGGUUUCUCAACCUAUUUCAGUCAAAGAACAAAUACCAAAGGAACGAAAAAGGCAAUGACCCAAAGGACCUGCAAGGGAAGUGAACUAAUAGGAUAUGUCGGAAUUUGUUAUCUCUCGAGUUUGGUACUGAUCGAAAUCUGGGGUCAGUUUUUACAUCCAUACAUUCUCGGAAACAGACUUCCCUUCCUACCUCUGAUGCUGGUCUCAAUACAUUGCGCUGUUGGAAUGAUGUAUUCUUGGGCAUGGCAACUUAGACAGAUCCUGAGAUACACUUGAAAUUAUUUUUAUUUUUGCCAAGACAUUUCUUCAUUGUAGACUACCAUGAUCAAUAUCCAAUAAUUUUCUCCCAAGUACUGUCAUAUUAAAACAAUUGAUUUUGAGUGUCUUGAUAUGCAGAUUUUUCAAGGAGAAACUGGCAAUUCGGUCACGUCCCAUGAUAUUGAACCAAAGCUGUGCAUAUUUUGAGUCAUUGUUUACUAUGGACUGUGAAACCUGAAAUGAAAGCAGGGAAAGGACUGUGUUUGCAAUGAUGAACCUGUUUUGAGGUUCAUGCAGGCGUGCUGGGGACACAGAUGCAGAGAGCACCAAAAGAGAAUAUGAUCAUUUGUUAACAAUUCAAACCAAAUAGGUAUGCACUCUUCUCUGACAUCCACUUUUGUUAAACUACUGCUCUACACUUAUCCUUGGGCCCGGUCAUCGUAGUCCGGGUUCGGUUUUAGUUUGAUUCAGGUUUAGAUCAAAAUAAACCGGGCUCGGACUCGGGCUCAUGCUCGUGCUCGGGCUCGAUCCAGGGCUAGGUUUAUACAACAUUGUAGGCUAAUGAUUGUUAUGAAGAUGUUUCGGUAAUAUUAAAACCAAACUCAAGGGGUGAAAACUCAAGCAAGCAUGAAGCAUUGCAUGCGCAUACUCUCCAUUCCCAAUGCUUUUUCUUCUGUUAUUUUAUUCUCUUUGCCUGUCAAUGAGAAGUUGUAUAUGCUUUUAAAUUUUAAAACACCUUCAUCUCUAUUUCUACACCAAUCAGUUGAGAUAUAUAUAUAUAGAAGAAGAGCAUGUAGAGCAUGUAGAGCAUGUACUAUAACAAGAUGGGGAAAAGA